UAUAAACAAAGAGAGAUUUCAGGACAACAAUGCACACGUAUCUUUCUUUGGGAAAAGCAGUCACCGUUGUGGGCUUCUUCUAAUAGUUGCUAUGGGUGUUGGUUGCAUUCUGAGAGUGUCUUGGGUCUGCUUGUUGCUCUGUGGUGGCAGUCUUGCUGCAUCAAUGAAGGGGUACAACAAUCCCUAUACCGAUGCCAGCCGUGGACUUGGGGGUUUUCAAGAGGAGCAGCUGGUGUUUUCUCCAUCAAAAGUAUUGAGUUCCUAUGGCCAAGCAACAGGCUACGCAGACAGAAGCUACAGAUCCCCGGUAGCACUACAGAUUAACUGGGACUUGUUCAUGCCUCAUGAGCCACUCACGUUCCCUUUAAACCCCACAUACAAGACUGUUAGAGGGUCUAACGAUCCGCAUGGCGGAGUAUUCAUUGAGCCUUCUACCCAAUCUUCAAAGCCAGGGAGCUUUGGUUUUCCCAGUUCUGUACCCUCCUUCGACCCUGUCCCCCAUCAUCAGUUCACUGACUCUGAGGUCACGCCCAUCAAUUCGACACUUGAUGCUGACCCAGUAUCUAGCAUAGGUGGAUACGGCCUGCCUCAGCACCUCAGCCUCCAGUUUGACAGAGCAGGUGAUGCCCAAGGCUAUUCCCCUAACUUUGAGGCCAAGCACCCUUCUUCUGAAAAUGCACAGCUUCCUUCCAAAGAGGUUGGCCCCUCCAACUACAACUCAGACAGUGCUGUCCAGCCAAGCAGUUGGCUGUCUCGACCCUUCGAGAGCAAAGAGGUGCCGGUAUUCUCCAGUGAUUCAGCUCACCGGGUCCAGGCUGCUCCGAUUGAAACCCCUGCCUUUCCCAGCUAUGGGACCCAUUUUGUCUUGGACUCCAUGCCAAGUAAAGGGGCUGCACAACCAGGCCGCUUCCGUAUGGUUACGCCACAGCUGCCCAGCACCCAUCAGCUUGCGAUGCCAAAGGAGGUGAGCAUGCCGUUCCCAUACACCUACAUUGUUCAAUCCAGAGGUCGCCACGGACGAGGAAGGAAUGUGAACCGCAAUACCAGAUACUACAAGAAGGGCCCUCCACCUGCCUCGUUUGGCCUAAAGAGACAAAGAAGAUGGAAACUCUGAUCCAACGAUCAUGUAUUAUCAUUGCCUGUUGAUGCACUAAAGCUAAUAUUAUAUUCAGCAUGAGUUUUUAUGAUUUAGUUUCAUUAAAGUGACUUCAUGUUUUA